AUGGGUGGAAGAAAAAGCAAUAAGGUUCAUGAAUUUGAUUUCAAAGUGGUAACAAACAAAAGAAAUGUACCUUCUUUUCACCGUGAUUCUCUCAAAAACCAGCAAUGGAAGGGAAUUCUAGAAAUCGGACACAUAACCAUCAGAGGAAUCAGCAAAAGAAAAAGCAGUAAUGUUGGUGAAUUUGAUUUUGAAAGCAGUGACAAACACCAGAAAUGUGAGGAAUUUGAAAUAUUUAUAAAUGGUGGCAAACAAACAUCUAUCACUUCCUCCCGCGAAAAAGAACUACCUGAGAGAACAGAGCUGGAAGAGCGCAUCCAAUCCCUCCUUCAAAAAUGCCCAAACAUGAAAAUCCUGCGGCAAAUCCACGCCCAUUUACUAACGUGCGCCCUACCCUUCUCCCCUAAAUCUUACGCCCUCACCAAAAUCCUCGCCUUCUGUGCUCUCUCCCCUUCCGGCGACCUUGCCUAUGCUCGCCAGGUAUUCGCCCAAAUCCCGAAUCCCAACGUAUUCUCUUGGAAUUCCAUGAUUCGGGGAUUGACCCAAGUCGAAAAACCCUCCAAGGAACCCAUCUCUCUCUACAAAGAAAUGCUUGAAUUGGGUUUUGCCUAUCCGAACAGCUUCACGUUUGCCUUUGUCCUGAAGGCCUGCGCUGUCGUUUCGGCUUUUGAAGAAGGCCUGCAAAUACAUUCUCAUGUUUUUCGCCACGGGCUUGACUCGAGCCCAUUCGUGCAGACUGGGCUGUUGAAUUUCUAUGCGAAAUGUGAAGAGAUUGGGUGUGCACGUGGGGUGUUCGAUGAAAUUUCUGAGAGGAAUUUGAUCGCCUGGAGUGCGAUGAUUAGUGGGUAUGCAAGGGUUGGGUUGGUUAAUGAGGCUUUCGGCUUGUUUAGGGAGAUGCAAAAGGUGGGGAUUUGCCCGGAUGAGGUUAUGAUGGUUAGUAUCAUUUCAGCUUGUGCAAAGGCGGGUGCACUGGAUUUGGGGAGUUGGAUCCAUGCAUUUAUUGACAGGAGUAGGAUUAAGCUUGAUCUUGAGCUUAGUACUGCGCUUGUCAAUAUGUAUGCAAAGUGUGGGUGUAUCGAAAGAGCGGUGGAGGUGUUUGAUGAAAUGCCCAAUAGAGAUACACAAGCUUGGAGCUCGAUGAUUGUUGGAUUGGCUAUUCAUGGGCUUGCUGAGGAUACACUAGAGGUUUUCUAUAGGAUGGGACAGGCCAAGGUAAAGCCUAACCAGGUGACCUUCAUAGGUGUUUUGUCCGCUUGUGCCCAUAGCGGAUUAGUAUAUGAAGGGCUGCGAUUUUGGUCAUGCAUGCUUGAGUACGGGGUCAAGCCAUCAAUGGAGCACUAUGGGUGCAUGGUAGAUUUACUCUGCCAUGGUGGACAAGUAGAAGAGGCAUAUGAAUUUGUUGAAACCAUGCCUAUUUUGCCGAAUUCUAUUAUUUGGAGGACUCUACUUGUGGGGUGCAAGAACAAUUGGAUGCUGGACAAAGGAGAGAGAAUUGCUGAGCGAUUACUCGAACUAGAGCCGCUCAAUGCUGAGAAUUAUGUGCUCCUCUCAAACUUGUAUGCAUCAAAUCGACAGUGGGAGAAGGUUAGCUAUGUGAGGAAGAAAAUGAAGGAGAAUGGCAUUAAGGCCAUGCCUGGUUGUAGCUCGAUUGAGGUGGAUGGCUUUGUGCAUGAGUUUGUGAUGGGUGAUGAGUCGCACCCAGAAGCAAAGGACAUAAGGGAAGUGUUGAUGGACAUAUCUGAGCAGGUCCGCCUUGUGGGGCAUGAGCCAUGGACAUCAACAGUUUUGCAUGAUGUGGGUGAAGAGGAGAAAGAGAGUGCCCUUUUCGAGCACAGUGAGAGGUUGGCCAUUGCUUAUGGGAUGUUGAAGACAAAGGCACCUGUGGUGAUUCGGGUGGUUAAGAACUUGAGGGUCUGUGGCGAUUGCCAUGAGGUGACCAAGAUCAUCAGCAAAGUGUACGGCCGGGAGAUUAUUGUUAGGGACCGAGUUCGGUUCCAUCGGUUUAUCAACGGAGGGUGUUCUUGUAAAGAUUACUGGUGACUUUCAAUCCUACAAGAGGUUGCAUGUUUUUUACAGGCUUCACGAUGUACAGCCUUACACAAACGGGACUUGCAUGUUGAAGUGAAGGUAGUUCUUUGCUGCAGGCAUAUUUUAGACAUUCAUCAGGUGGGCUUGUCAAAGAAUCGCUGACAGACAGCAUUCAUAUCAAAGAAUGGCAUCAAACACAUGUCCAAAACCAAAAAAAAGAAAAAGAAAAAAAGAGUACACAUUCGGAAUCCUCACUUUUAUGGAGAAUUUUACCAAUAA